AUGUUUGAAGACUAUGAUAGUUUAGUGAUUUCGAUUCCCAAUAGAAAAGGAAUUUAUAAAAAGGUGUACAAAAAAGCUGGUUCAGUUGAAAUUGGAGUUCAAAAUAGUUUUGAUAUUUCUGAAUCAGUUGCUACAACUGACAAUCCCACAUUCUCUCAUGUCGGAAUAAAUCAUGUCGAAGGGGGGUGGCCACGUGAUAUUUGUCGCUUUAAUGAAGAACAAACCAUUCGAUAUUGCAAGAAACAAGAGAAUGAUUAUCGAUAUUUAGUACAAAUGAAAACAAUGAUCAAAACAUGUGAACACGCAAUAUUUCAAAACAAUUCCAUAAACUUGUAUGAGACAUAUUUUGACGACCUGGAAACGAUUAACUUAAAAGAAGGAUACUCACUUAAAGUAUUAAACACUUAUCGUAAUGGAACUAAACACGGAGUAAAAAAAAUUGUGUGGACUCUUGAUGAACCAACAUAUUUGGCAUGUUGUUAUAAUGGUAAUCAAAAUUACUACGAUUAUUUGAUUGAUGAAAAAAAUGUCAUCAAUAUUUGGGACAUUGAAUGCCCAGGGGAACCAAUUAUCAAGUUGAAUUCAUUAGCACAAACGCAUUGUUUAGAAUACAAUCCAAAACAUCCAAAGUGUUUAAUUUCUGGAUUGGUGACAGGUCAAAUAGCCGAAUGGGAUGUUCGAGUCAAUAAUCAUUCUCCCAUUUUACUUUCAAAACGUGAAAACAGUCACUCGGAUUGUGUCAACGCUAUAACAUUCUAUUGUUCAAAGACAAACAUGGAAUUUUUCUCCGGUUCAGCAGCUGGCGAAAUAUUUUGGUGGGAUUUAAGAAAUAUAAGCAAACCCAUGGAAAGUUUGAUUUUCAACCCAAAUGCAAUUAAAAAUGGAAUAAGGAACGAUGAAAAGGCUUUUGGUAUUAAUGUGCUAGAUUAUGAGAGUACAUUUCCAAACAAAUAUUUAGUGGGAACAGACGCUGGCACUGUCUACAUAUGCAACCAAAAAUUCAAAAAUCCUACUGACAGAAUUCAUGCAGAACUUCAAUGCUGUCAAGGCCCUAUUUCUGCUGUUCAACGAAAUUCCUUUUUUCCUAAACAUUUUCUAAGCGUUGGUGAUUGGCAAGCGAAAAUUUGGUAUGAGGAAUUCAAAGAUUCUCCAAUAUUUUGGACGAAAAAAUAUGAAUCUGAAUUAAUGCAUGGUUGUUGGAAUCCAAUAAGAUGUUCAUGUUUUUAUUUGUGCCGAAUGGAUGGUUGGUUUGAUGUUUGGGAUAUUACACAUAAUUGUCAGCAAUCAGCUAUAUCUUCAAAGCUUUCUGACUAUCCAUUGCUAACAUGUACACCAGAUAAAGAAGGAAAAUUAAUUGCAAUUGGAUCUCAUAAUGGCGAUAUUCAUUUAGUUGAAGUAUCAGAAAAUUUGUCAUCUUCUACCGCUUAUGAUAGACCCAAAAUGAAUUUUGUUCUUGAACAUGAAACAAGAAGGGAGAAAUUAUUGUACAAUAAGCAACGUGAAUCAAAUCUUAAAGAAAAGGAAAGGGAACAAAAUCGAAUUCAUUUAGGUUUACUCAAUUGCGAAGAAGUUGAAAUGAAUCUUAGCAAUGAACUUGUUCAAGAAGCCGAAAUGAACUUCCAUCAACUCAUUGGACAAUUAAAACAGUAUAACUAG